AUGUGUGAAGUAAAAAACGAACAACGAAUUGUCAUCAAGUUUUUGGUGAAAUCUGGCGAAAAACCGGCCGAAAUUUUUCGGAAAUUGCAACGUGUGUUCGGUAAUGACUGCUUGUCAAAUCCACGUGUGUACGAAUGGGUCACACGUUUUGCAUCAGACCGAGAAACAACGCAAGAUGAUGCAAGGUCAGGUGCCCCUAAAGUCGUGUACACUAGGCAAAAUGUCGAACGUUUGAGAGUUUUGGUGCGCACAGAUCGACGCCUCACAAUUCAAAUGAUGUCAAAUGAGCUCGGUAUUAAUAAAGAAACCAUUUGCCAGAUGUUGCACAAUGAUUUAUUGAUGCGUCAGCUCUGUGCAAAGCUUGUUCCGAAAGUUCUGACGGUGGAACAAAAAUAAUUGCGACGAUCGAUUUGCGCAGAUUUUCAUGAACGAAUUCAGAGUGAAGGGCAUGACUGGAUGAAUUCGAUUAUCACGACAGAUGAAAGCUGGGUGUAUCAAUAUGAUCCUGAGACUCGUCGACAGAGCAAACAAUGGGUUGAAGACGGAGGAGAGUGUCCCACGAAAGCCGGAUGGCAAGAAACCAAAUCAAGACAAUGCUCAUCUGUUUCUUCGAUAAAACGGGUAUUGUGCACCGAGAAUUUCUUUCUCAAGGACAAACGGUGACUUCGGUAUUUUAUAUUGAAGUUCUAAGUCGAUUGUGUAAAAGAGUGUCUCGUGUGAGGCCGGAAUUAGAAAAAAAUGGUUGGAUCCUUCUUCAUGACAAUGUGCCUGCUCACACAUCAUUAAAAGUUACACAGUUUUUGACCAGUAGGAACAUAACAACGCUCCCCCACCCCCCUACAGCCCUGAUCUGGCUCCACUGGACUUCUGGCUGUUUCCAAAGAAAGAACCAAUGAAAGGACAUCGGUAUAAGGAUUUGGAAGACAUUAAACGGUUUAUAACGUCAGUGUUGAAGAACCUAACUUCAGGAGACUUCCAGGGGUGCUUCCAGAAAUGGAGAGAAUGCUGGACCAAGUGCGUUAGACUCGGAGGAGAGUACUGUGAAGGCAUGGGUGCUUAA